ACGCAGCAUCCGCGCGCAUUGUGCGGACACUCCGGGCACCGGGAUGGACCGACGGGUGUCUGCGGCUGCUGUUUUAUGUUGUUUUUAUUUGUCUUUGGAGUGUUGCUCUUGUCACACGUAUGUGCUGAACGACAAAGAAGGGCUGGGCCGGGUUUUUGACGGAAUUGGAGGUCUGAGCGGCGGAGGGGCGACGUCCCGUUUACUGGUCAGUUAUGCUGAGCCAUACCGCAGCCAGAUAUUAGACUACCUGUUCAAGCCAAACUUUGGAGCCUCUUUGCACAUACUGAAGGUGGAGAUUGGAGGAGACGCUCAAACGACUGAUGGAACGGAGCCGUCACACAUGCACUAUGAGAAUGACGAGAACUACUUUCGAGGCUAUGAGUGGUGGCUGAUGAAAGAGGCCAAGAAGAGGAAUCCAAAUAUUACACUUAUAGGUUUACCCUGGGCCUUUCCUGGUUGGGUGGGCCAUGGAAAGAACUGGCCCUAUGAUUACCCAGACAUCACUGCAGCAUAUGUGGUGAACUGGAUCCUCGGUGCCAAACAGUACCAUGACCUGGACAUUCAGUAUGUUGGGAUUUGGAAUGAGCGAAACUUUGACAGCAAGUACAUCAAGCUGCUGCGGUACACUCUGGAUAAGAAUGGUCUGGAGUGGGUCAGGAUCAUAGCCAGUGACAACCUGUGGGAGCCCAUUGCCCUGUUUCUGCUGAACGACUCUGAUCUCAGCAGUGCUGUAGAUGUGAUAGGGGCCCACUACCCAGGCACCACCACAGUGAAAGACGCCCUGAAGACGCAGAAGAAGCUGUGGUCGUCAGAGGACUACAGCACUUUCAAUGAUGAGGUGGGGGGAGGCUGCUGGGCUCGCAUCCUCAACCAGAACUACGUCAAUGGACUCAUGACUGCCACCAUCUCCUGGAACCUGGUGGCCAGCUACUAUGAGGACCUCCCAUUCGGCAGAGACGGGCUAAUGACAGCUCAGGAGCCCUGGAGCGGCAACUAUGUGGUGGAGGCCCCUAUCUGGAUCACAGCCCACACAACACAGUUCACCCAGCCAGGAUGGACCUACCUACAGACUGUUGGACAUCUGGCACAAGGUGGAAGUUACGUGGCGCUGACUGAUGGGAAAGGAAACCUCACUGUUGUCAUAGAAACCAUGACUCAUGAUCAGUCAGUGUGCAUAAGACCUCCACUCCCACCUUUCAAUGUGACAUCCCAGAAUGCAACUUUCCAGCUUCAGGGAUCCUUUGCCUCCAUCAAGGAACUCCAAGUAUGGCGGUCACAGUUUAACGUCAAAACAAAGAAGCCCUCCUUCUUCGAGAACAUAACUCCACUGAAGCUUUUAGAUGGAUCAUUCACCUUAAAUCUGGCUGAAGAUGAGGUUUACACAUUAACAACAAUUACAACGGGACAGAAAGGCUGUUACCCUGACCCACCUCCUUCUGCUCGCUUCCCUAAUGUCUACAAGGACGACUUCAGGGUUGAAAACCCUCCUUUCUCGGAGGCUCCACACUUUGCCGACCAGACAGGGGUGUUUGAGUACUACAUCAACCUCACUGACCCCGGGCCUCACAUCUUCACCUUCAGACAGGUUCUCACUCAGAGACCUGUCACAUGGGUGAGUGAUGCUGACCAGACCAUCAGUGUCAUAGGAGACUAUCAGUGGCAGAACCUGACGGUUACAUGUGAUGUCUUCAUGGAGACCAUUAAGGCAGGUGGUGUGUUCAUAGCAGCCAGGGUGGAUAAAGGCGGCCAGUCAGUCCGCAGCGCUAAAGGAGUCUUCUUCUGGGUGUUUGCAGAUGGCACAUACAAAGUUACCAAUGAUCUCGCUGGAAAGACUGUACUUGCAGAGGGACAGUCUGGGACCCGAGCAUAUGGUUGGCACACCUUAUCACUUACUGUGAAAGGCCAGUAUGCGUCAGGGCUGCUGAAUGGAUACCUGCUGUGGAAGAAUGCUGUGGUACUGACACCAAAGAAUGGCUGGGCUGCUAUAGGAACACGCUCAUUUGAACUGGCACAGUUUGAUAACUUCGCUGUAGUGGCAGAGUAAUGAUUUGACUGCGAAAUAAUGAUUUGAGCUAUGCUGGGAAUAUUGUGAUUAAUUUAUUAACUUGAUCAAUGCAUUGGUUUAACACUUCAGUGUGCUAAAUAGAGAUUCAUUUUAUUUUGUCUUUAUAAAGAUUUAACGCUCUUAAACAAGAAUUAAUGGAACAAGAAGGCACAUAAUCUAACGGAACAAACUGCAGCCUUGUAUAAUUGUAAAUGAUUUUGCACUGUUUUUUAUGGAAUAAAAACCUAUAAAAUUUU